ACAGGCAAUGUAUCAUCGAACUUCCUGGCGAUAGACUUUGAGAAGAAUGGAGAAAACGUGGAUCCAACUUUUGAUCUGUCAUUAAAGCUGGAACCCCUUGAAGUCACUUAUUACCAUCAUUCCAUGAUAGAAAUUAUACAGUUCUUCAAGCUGAAUGAUGCAAAUAUUCGGACCACGAUUCUGUGGAUGUGUAAGCUGUACGAAUACAUUAAAGGGAACUUUUUGGUCCUGGUGGACAGUAUCGUGUCGCAGACACUUCGAAUUAGUUUCAAGAUUGACAUUAAAGGACCGUACGUAGUGUUCCCUGAACACGGAUCGAUACAAAAAGGUGGGCACAUUCUUGUCGUGGAUUUUGGUAAUAUGACGGUCUCCAACGAACUUCAAGCAACCAAUCUGCAACUCGAAGACGCGACGCUCAUGGAACUGGAGGAAUUGCUUUAUGACAGGAUACACUUUGUAUUUUCUGGCGAACAAGUGUUAUUUUGUCACUCAGGUGAUGAUUGGAGAUCAGCCAGAAAAAAGAAGGACUCUGAGUAUCACUUUAUACCGAAAAUACAAACAAACACAACUAUUUCGUACAGUAUAAAACCGGAAUAUUAUCAGUUACCAAGGACCAAGGUGAACGUUUCAAUUUCAAGCAUCAAGUUCAACUUGUCGGAAAACAAGAUACAAAUGAUUGUACACUUUUUAAAUUUAUUGUUGUUGGCCUAUCAACAAAAUGUCGACAAAUGCGACGACAAUUGGAAGCCAUGCACCUCCGAGAAGAGUCCGGAUGAGGUCCUUGUGUCGAUUAAAAAAUUGAAAAAUGUGCAACGCAGUGUGUGUAUGCUAUCAAUUGGGACGUUACAAAAUAAACUGAAUCACGUUACCAAAGAACUUUUGACUAAUAAUGUGCAAAAGCAGAAACUUGAUAGGAGUGUGGUGUCCUCGGAAGUCAGCGAAGAAGAUUUGGAAUUACUAUCCAAGACUAUCAAUUUAUCUGGCUUCGAUGACAAUGUGUCCCCGUGCAAUCACAUCAAUUUCUUACUGAGAUUCGCCAUUGGAGAGUUAUCAGUUCACUUGGUAAGCUUGAAUCACGGAAGAGAAGAGCCCUAUUUAAAUUUGAGAUUGCACGGAUUGUAUCUUGAAACAGCCUUAAUGGAAUACGGUCCUGCUAUUCAAUUUGGGAUAGGAUCUGUACUUUUAGUGGACAAAACUAACGCAGGAGUAACAGGAUCAUAUUUGGAGCUAAUAUCCACAGAAGAACCUCACGAAGUUCUUCUUCUGUCAUAUCGUAAGGUGAAGUCAAACUGUCCUGAUUUUAAAUCUCACUUCAAAAGCAUCGAACGAUCACUCGUCAUAAAUAUUCUCAACGUAAACAUAAAUCUUCAUAGGCCCGCGCUAUUAAAGCUCAAAGAAUAUUGGUAUAAUUUGACAAACACUUUCGAAGAGAACAAUCUCAUCGGUUUUGCAGAGAGACUAUUCCACAAUAUAGUACAGUGGAAACCGAAAGAAAACGAUCCACCUAUCCCUCCAGGUGCCAUUAAAUUGAAUUAUUCUGCAAGACUCAGCGCACUCGUUCUCCGAUUCUGUGACAAAGACUUGGAUUUGUUGGAAAUUCAAAUACUUGGAUUGGAGAACCAUUGCAUUUACAAUGCGAACGAAAGGAUGGUUUUACGUGCACAUCUCAGACAGUUACUUGUCGAAGACAUGAACCAGGAUACGCUGUAUUCGAAGCUUUUAACCACGGACGAGGAUAAAGUAUUUGACCUGAAAUAUGUCAGACACACGCCAAGAUUGUACGCGUGUCCCGACAUCGACACUAAACAGGACGACGUGAUGUCAGAUGGGACGUUUAAACUAUCCAUUGGACGAAUCAACUGUGUCCUUAUUUCUAAAAUAUUGCACGAUCUAAAGCAUUUUUUGGCGCCGUUCACUUUAACGUGCUACGUCCAUUCGAAAGAUUAUUUAAUUAAUAGAAUCAUAACAGGUGUCAAAGAGUUUAAAAGGAGCGCCACGAAACUGCAUAUUUUUAUCGACAUACAGGGCCCUAUAUUUUUACUGCCCCAAAGGAAAGACAGUCCCAGUCUUUUAGUAUUAAAUACAGGUGUUUUAUCGGUGGAAAAUUUUUUCAAGAAGAUCGAUCAAUCUGUUCAAAACAGCAAGAUCUCCGGCCAUGAUGGGAAUCAUUUAAUAAUCGACAAUAUCUUGGUGAAGCUGAAGAAUAUGACUAUAUCCAGAGCGAUCAUGACGCUCAGCAGAGAUCUGGAAAUACAAGAACCGAUCGUGGAGCCCGUGCACAUUCACUUCGACAUUAAACGAAAAACCGAGUAUCGUAGCGCGAUGGAGUUCCAAACGUACGGACUGUUCAACGUACAGGGCACGAUGGACUUUGUGUACAUUAAUCUUAGCCAGAAAGAUCUCAAGUCCAGUGUGCUGGUGUGGAAGGACAACAUCUCGAGGAUUAUACUAUUUAAAGAUGCACACGAGAACGAGACACGUUCCGCCGUGGAAGACCAGUUGUCGAAUCUCAAUCAGGAGGAUAUGAUGGUGAAGAAACUAGAAGAUUUUCUUACCCACAACGAGAACAGCGUGUGCGAAGUUAAUAUGAAACUAACCUUGGAAGGGCUGCAGUUGAAUUUGUUCUUAGACUCGGAAGAGGUAUUGAGUUCACCGGUUCGCGACUUGAAUCACGGCCUCUGCAGACUAACAUUCGGCGAGAUAAUUAACACUCACGCGUUCUACAGCGACAAGAGUAUGAAAAUGAAGCUGUCUCUUCAAAGUUGCAUUCUCCAAGACACCAGGAGGGACACUCAAGUCGUCAGGAAGAUAAUCCAAUCGCCAGCGAGGUUAAUAGGCGCAGAGUCCUGUAUAUCCGUCUCAAUGUCGCCGAUCGUCGACAUCGCGUACACUUGCGCUCCCGCCGGCGAGAAGUGUUUCGACGCGCUGGUUCAAGAUAUUCGAAUAAAUCUGUCGGUACCAUUCGUGAUGCAUCUGACACGGUACAUAAUGGACUCGCUUCCAGGUGAUCAGCCCGACGAAGGGAUCAUUAACCACGGAUACGAGAGCAACAGUCAAAGAAACAGGGAUGUUACCAGCGCAGAAACAGAUAGAUUAAGAUAUGCACAAUAUUUUAAGGAGGAACCAGCUGCCUCCGUGUCUGUGAGAAUACACAAGCCUGAGAUCUUGCUCUUCGGCGACCUGAAGGCAAGCAAUGCGCACCUGAUUCUGCUGCAAGCGGAAGUGACUAUCGAGAGUAGCAGGCACAGUUGCUCCUCGUCUAUUGUCUGCACGUUCACGGAUGUCCGUGCUAAAUCGAAGAAACAAGGGAAUUACUCGAAACAGACCCCCUAUUGGUUACUCUGUCCUUGCGACAUAGAGAUCUGCAGGAAAGAAAAAGCGCCAGAAUUCGAUGUCAACUACACGGUCACUGUCAAUGCGAUCGAUAUACAUCUCUCGGCCGAAAUUAUACACACGUUCAUCGAUAUAUUGAACGAAGCGACCAGUUUUCUGGACGGUAUGAAUAUAAAAACGGAGGGUAAAUCUUUUAAUCAAGACUUCAACGUACACUUCAACUUAUGGACACCGAAGAGGAUAUUGAAUGUACCGUACAAGAAAUCGAACGAUUAUGACUUGAAUCUGUUCUCCGAGUACAACGACAGAGUGGUCACCGUCACUCUGAAACCGCUGACGGUGUGUCUGUUGCUGGAGAUCGAAUACUCGACAGAAAGGCUGCCGGUUAUAAAGUUCGAGAGUAUUGUAACGGUCUCGAUCAACGAUUGGUUCAACGACUUCAAUUUUGAGUCCGGCAUUAAGCUCCAUGCGUUCUGUUACAACGCCGAUUGGAAAAGCUGGGAACCGUUAAUCGACUUGUGCUCGGACGACGAUACUAACUACAGAUCAUGGGAAUUAAUGAUAAAAAUGCGUCAUGGCGAAGCUUUCAUGAUCAAUUCCAGUUGGACCCACCCGUAUCAGUAUAUAAAACAGGAUUCAUUGAAAUCGAAAAAGAAGAGUCUGAAGAGUAUCGAUCAGGACUUCACGGACAUGGUUUUCAUAACUCCAGAUCACUUGACCGCGCCGAAACCGAGCGAAGCUGAAUUGUAUUCAAGAUACGAGGAGGAUUCGGACACUGACGACGACGAGGGUCAGAAGAAAUUAUUGCGAACAUCCAACUAUUUGUUUAACAGUAACAGCAGCGGAGAGGAUGACAGUGAUAGCGGUGACUCGAGCACAAACGAGGACGAAGGAUUGGAAUUAACACCGGAAUGUAACGCUGAUUCGUGUGAGCAAACUUUACCGAUUAAAUCGAAUGACUUGGCAGUGUACAUCACCGUGUCAGCAGAGGACAAACUGAAUCUCAUAGUCACACCGAACCUGAUCGCUGUCACGGAUAUCAUUAUGAAUGCUUUUCACCAGGCCACUAGCGGGAUACCAAUAAUACCGUCUAGUGUGAAGAAACUGAAUCUCCACAAUGAUAUCGGUCACGAGAGUCGCAUAGAACUGCUUGUUUCGGACGAUGGGAAUAAUAAAAAUGGAACUCGAGUUAUAGCGAGUCAAGAAUAUCAUAACAUAAAUUCACCAGUGAGUGCUCCGAGCAGCCCAGAAAUAGAACACCAAUCGGGCCCUGAUAAUUCCCGAUGGGUAGAGAAUGAAAUGGACUUCGCGGAUCCGAACAAAAACAUGCAGAGUCACACGACACCGAUCGACGAAAUAUUCCAAGAUGAUUCUUCCAUCAGAAUAUACAAGACGAUCACAGGGGAAAUAUUGCGUGUUACUUUUCAAGGAUUCGACGAUGUAUUGGUGUACUGUCCCACGAGACAGGGCUGUAAUUUGAUCCCACUGCGACCCGUCAGACACGAGGUUCGCUAUCAUCUGGUGAUCGAUGCUACAAUCGACAAUUAUUUACAUCGCACGAUCACCGUCCGAUCGCCGUUACAGUUCAGAAAUGAAACGUCCUACGCGUUGAGUCUGUAUUACAAGAAAUCACUGAUGGACAAAUUCGGAUUGACUUGCGUCGGCGAACCCACGAACCCCUUUGACGACAACAUUCGAAUGACAAUCAUCGAACCUGACUCCACAUACAAUAUUCCAUUAUACAUAGCCUAUCAUUUUCCUGUACAUAUACUGCCCGCUUAUUUAGAGAAGUAUCAUGUCAGCGAAGAGGGAAUUUAUUGGAAAGAACUGAGCGUAUCGAUGAACGUGGCCAAGGAUGUUUAUUGCAAGAUGAAGGAAGAUGAAAGUGAUUCUGUGUUCUGUGUCAAAGUGUCUUGCAACGAAGUCCCGUUGAUCACAAGACCGAGUUGUCAAGUGCCAAAUUACUUGAUAAGCAUUCACUCACCUCUUAUUUUCAACAAUCAACUACCGUUCGUUAUAGAUGUCACCAUACCAUCUAUUAAUUACGAAGUGAAGAUAGAACCGGGCGAGAAGAUCAAUAUGCAUUCCCUGAAUUGUAACAACGAUAUCCAAUUUGUAUUUAAGAUUCAGAACUAUUUGGGCGGAUACUGGACCGGUACAGCGAAACUGAACACUAACUUAGAAAGGAAAUUUAUUUUAAUGACAGCAGACAGCGAAUCCGAGUUAACCAAACCAUUUCUGUUGAGUAUCGAACUAUGCAAGAUCACGAGUUGGCACAUUGUUAUUCAAUCGCAAUACUGGAUCAUAAAUAAGUCUGGAUUGCCUUUGUAUAUUCAGGAGUGUCAUUCUCACAUAAUCAACGAGAUUCCUGAGGAAGAACUGAUAGUAUUUUCCCAGAAAAAUAACAAGAAAGGCACAGUCAGAUUGAGGGCCCAUCAGUCUGAAUGGUCGCUGCCGUUUGGUCUCGACGGAAUCACUUCAAUGUCUCUGAUCGUGUGCAAGGACACGGAGCGAGGCAGAAAAUACAGAAUAUUAACAGAAAUCGAAAGCUCUCGUUUAUCCAAUUUCACAAAAAUCAUAACGUUUCUGCCGUAUUUCUGUAUUAAUAACAAAACAAAGAGAACUCUUCGAUUCAUGGAAGAGAACGAUCAAGCUGACUUGUGGAACGACCUUCUACCUGGGCAAACAAUGCCAUUCUGGCCGGUCACAGAGUCAAUGACGAUGAGGAUAAAAUGGAGGAACAGUCAAUUGGUGUCUCAACAUUUUAGUAUUACGUAUAUAGGAAAGACAGUAUUAAGAAUGGAUAAUGGCUCAGCCAUCAGUGUGGAAAUCGACGGCGGUAUCAACUCUCCUUAUAAUGUUACAUUCCAAAAAUGCGUACCCGGUGACAUACCGGUGAGGAUAGACAAUUUCUGUAAUGAUCUAUUUUUAAAAGUCAGUCAACACAAACUGGGACAGGUGGCACUAGUAAAUCCCUUUCAAAGCCUGUUGUACACCUGGGAUGAUCCUACAGAGCCUAGAGAACUUAUGUGGAAUGUUUACAACAAUAAGAAAACCGGAUAUAAUGCUCAGUUCCAGAAGGAUGGAUACGGUCAAGAAGUUGUACCUCUUGUAAUUGUGGACCCAUGCAACAGUGUAUCGUCGUCCAUUUGUUCGUUUAAACACAACAAUAAAUCUACAUGGCUGGAGAAUAAAUCCGCGAGUUUCAGCGGUAGCGAGAGCAACGUCUGCGAGGAGGACGUGAAAUCACCAACGUUGAAAGGUCCACAGACAGAAAACACUAUUGUUUACUGGGUGAGCUACAUGGAGGGCAAUCAAAGGGUUCUAUUGUUCACCCAGCACGAGGCGGUAUUUUUGAAAGCAAAGAGUAUUAUCGACCCCGAGCCGAGCAAACAAGAAAUAUUCUUCUCCAUUGCUGGCAUUGGUAUCAGUAUUGUAACAAAAUCAAAUGAAGUUUUGAAAGAGUUAGUACAUGCGAACGUGACGAACUCUGCGGCUCAUUGGGAACUUUACUUUGGUAAAAAAUGGAAAAGUUUGUCCUUAGAAUUGAGUGCUUGGAUAGAGAACAAGUAUGUAAAUUCGUGUAAAAAGGCCCAGUUAGACAAUUUAAUUGACGUCGACCUUGUAAAAAUGCACAUGACCAAGCCGUUCUUUGGCAAGCUGAGGAGGACCUAUUCCCCAGGAAUUUGGUUACACUGCAGGAAAUCGGUGACGUUGACCCACUUACAAGGCUAUGUGCAUAGAAUACAGGUUGACAAUCAAAUCCGUAAUACGACGUUCCCUGUGGUUUUGUACUCGAAUUUACAGAAGAGUGUUAUCAAUUACGCGGGGAACCACAAGUUAAAGCAUUGCAUAGAGUUUAACUGUUUGAAGCAAAGAAAACUAAAUUAUAAUAUUUACAAAGGUAUCUGUGUUAUAGUCCGAGAAUUCGACUUGAAUCUACAGGAAGGCUUCCUUGUUUCGUUAAUCGAUCUGAUACCGAAGAGACCGGUGACUAAGUAUUCAAUUGCCGUGAAACUGCGAAAGGACGUUUCGAGUGUUCGUAUUUUGCCUUCCGACAAAAGUAACAAUAAUUCAGUUGUUAAAAAGAGAAAUUUAAUAGAGCACAUGUAUAUUUCGCCGAUCCUAAUACGUUUAAUAUUGUUGGCGGACACAGAGAGACCGACUAUUUAUAAUAUUAGCGAUAUCGCAGAUUACAAAAAUAUUGUUAGAUUUAUUUUUGAAUACUCCGAGAAUGGAAGCUCCGAGAAGCAUGCUGAAUUCAGACUUCCUUGUUAUCAAAGAAACUUUAUCACUGUUAACGACACGGAACUUCUGGUUGAUCUUCUACGGUCUUGCGAGGCUCAGGCUAUGCAACAAUUUCAGGUGUUAAUUCGCUCGACCACCGUUUUAGGAAACCAAUACGGCUACAACUUCAAGUCCCCAGGGGAGAACUUUUACGAAUCGAACGCGUUGAUUCUGUGCGGAGACGAAGUAGCCGAGAAACUGAGCCACGAAGUAGCAUGUCAAUUGGGCUAUGCCACAGUAGACUCUAUACAGUCGUCUGUGUUUAAUUUUAAUUUUGAACUUCCCGUGGUUUCAUCCAAGACGAAAGAGCCGUGCUUUCAGAACAAGGAUGUACCCCCUUUGAAUCCUCUGAUCCGUACCUCAUUUUCUACAGAGAUCGAACUAGAAACAUGCAGCCUAGUGACUGCGUUUAUAAAUAGUAUUCAUCAAGAAGAGUUAAAGUAUUUCUUCAGAACCUUAGGAAAGAAAACAUCAAUAUUUUUUAAUACUGAAAGUUCCUCCCUAAAAGCUUAUUCGAAAGUGAUAGCAGAUAUCAUAAAAAGGGCACAAGAAAUAGGUCAUAAGUUUAUAUCUCGAAUACGCUUACCACGUUACGUGAAUCCAUACAAGGGUGUCGAGAUAUUCUCAGUGCAUAAGGCGAAAGGGAUGCAUAUGCUGACCGUGAUAAAUAAGAAUCCUUGUGCGGACGCAGACACAUAUUGGGCCCACGCUGCUCUGUCCAAUGACGGGAAACACAUAGCUCUCGUUUCAUUGCAGCGAUUAUACUUCAUUGAAAAAGGAUGCGUAUGGGGAUCCCUGAACGUAAAAUGGACUCUAGAAACUCAACAAAUGCUAUCACCUCCGACUGUGGUUAAUAAUAAACUUAUCUUACAUGUGAACAAGAAUGAAGACAGUUUAUCGCCCAUGGUGGACUGGUACUUGGAGAGCGAGGCAACGGAUAUUCUGGAGUGGCUGUGCCAGAAAAUAAAUAUAGCCAUGAUCUUGAACAUGGAGAACGGUAUAUGUUCAAACCAAGUUGUGUAACUGGAACCCAAAACUAUAAAAGAAAGAUCAUUGUAUAUUUAAAUUAAUCAGGCACAAUAAAUUCUCCAA